AGUCUAAUACCUCUCUCCCAAGCUUCUGAUUCCAUCCAACACCUACAGUCCAAUACUGUGACCAUCGGCCAUGGCAUCAAUAGCGAAAGGUUCGGCUUCCUAUAAAAAAAAGGAUGGAUCUCUUGUUCUGGAGAAGGACUCUGUCACUUGGACUCCCGCAAAUGCUGAGGCCCCGUCUUUAAGAAUUCCCGUGUCAACAAUCACAAGUAUGAGUCUAAUUGCCAUACUACCCCCGGCCACCUGCUAACGGAAGAAAGAUCUCCAGGCAACCCCCGCGGCGGCAGCAAAGGUCAUGAUCAAGGUCUUCGCAACCAAAGAAGGCGGUACGGCAGAGCCUUACGUCUUCACAUUCACUUCUGCCUCCUCUGCUCGCAUGGAAGCCGAUAUCAUGAAGGACGCAUUAACCACCGCAAUACAGACCUUCAAGACCAAUUCCGGUGCUGCAACCCCCUCCGCUUCCGCUGGCCCUACCACUGCAGCCGCUUCCUUAGCUGCAGCCUCGGGAUUUACUGCUGCAAAAUUGGCCGGUAAACCCACAGACUGGAGUAGAGCCAGAUUGGAAACAGAUCUCGAGCUCCAAAAAUCCCUCCUAAAAGCCGACCGAGAGCUCUCCACAACCUUUUCGGAGGCCGUGCUCUCUGGGGCCGUAACCGCAGACCAGUUCUGGUCCACGCGCACACACCUGCUCCGCGCCCACGUAAUCGAACGGGAGCAGAAGCGCGGUCCGUACAACGUGCUCUCCACGAUAAAGUCUAAGACUGUCGACAAUGUUGUUAAGAUGUCUUUGUCGCGCGAGGCCAUUCAUGACAUUUUCGAUCAGCACCCGCUGGUUAAAAUGGUUUACGACGAUAAUGUGCCGAAGUUGCCCGAGGAGGAGUUCUGGAGUAGGUUCUUUUUGAGCAGGCUUUUUAAGAAAUUGAAGGGGGAUAAGCUACUGCCGACGGAUAAUACGGAUCCAAUACUUGAUCGCUAUUUGGGGAGAGAUGAUGAAGGUGGGCUAUUUUGUGGAUACCCGAGUGGAGGAGGGGGGGGACUAACUAUGGGGUGUAGAAAACUCGAGGAAGCGUAGGAAGAUAGAACAUGUUCCUAGAACUAUGGAUAUCGAGGGGAACGAGCAGAACCUGAGCCAGAAGAAGGGGAAUGCGCCUGAUUUGACUAUGAGACCUGCGCGCACUGAGAACGUUCCGAUUAUCAGGACGUUGAACAGCCUUAGUUUGAAAUUGGUGGACUUGGUCGCGCCGUGAGUAUUCUGCUAACUCCAUCACCAACAUUGCUGAUAGGCUCCACCCAGCACCGACACUGACCCCAACCAAGUCGAAGACCAGGACGAACGCUACAUCAAUGAACAACGCCUAAUAGAUCUCCACGGUGAUCCCGAAGAAGAGCGCAUCAUCCUCAACAUUCGCGACCAACGCCAAUUCUUCUCAGCAAGCAGUAACGCUGAUAAAGCGCGUAAAGAACUCUACUCAAACCUAAAACCCGAAGCCGUACUCCAGGAGAUCCAAAAGACCCUCGGAGACAGCAACCUCAACCUUCUCACCGCUCUCACUGGCGGAAACGCUAGUAAAGGGAGCAAGGCCCAACUCUCCAAAGCGACCACGCAAAUCGUGGCGGCAGUUAAGGACCGCAGGGAGCAGCUGUUGAAUUCCAGUGGGUUUAAGCACAGAUCCGGGGGCUUGCCCGCCAAUGUAUUCAAUAGCGUAACGCUAGUUCAUGCUACAACGAAUGAAUUCCUCCGGCACUUCUGGCUGGCCUUCUUGUCCGGGGACGAGAAGCGCGCUGGGGACAUUACAAAGCUAGUUAACAGUUUGAGGAAUUCGAAGGAGAGGAUUGCGUCAAUUGCCAAGACCGCCGAUGAGGAGCGGGAACUGGAGCGGGCGAGGAAGAAGAAGGAGGCGCAGGAGGAGUAUAAGAGGACUGGUGUGAAGCCGAAGCGGAAGACUUCCGAGGUCGGCGGUGGGAGUAAAGUUGUCGAGGAAUUGCUGACACCGACGGUCAUUGCGGUAGAUAAGGCGUUGGGGAAGUACCAGGCUGCGCUGGGUAAGGCGGACAAGGGGUCGAAGACCGCUACUAGGUAGGAUGAUGGGCGGGAAGGGGGGUUGGGUUUGCUUGGAGUUUGGGUUUUUCCUUCAGUAUGCCGGGUAGAAUUGAUGACUUCUUAGAUUGCCCGGCUCCUUCUCUUCUUUCCACAGAUACAGUGGGGUUAGAUUGAUUUAUUAGUUGGGUGGUUGAGUAGGCGGGAGCAUCUAUUGAGUGUAAUAUACAAUGAUUCCAGGAAUAGCCCAUUCCACCAAUCCACUUCCAAACGAUCAAGAGAACCGGUGGAGAUAUCCAACCAUAAAACAUCUAUUUAACCUUCUUCACCUUGAUCUUUAUCGUCUCUUCGCCAAUAAAGAUGCCCUGCACAGGCUCAGUUAGCCGGCACCAACUUCCCCCUCCUCUCUAGCGACCCAAAGGAGCACAUACCUUCCCCUUAUACGGCUCGGGAAUCCUCCACGCCCUGAUAUUCGCGGCAAACUGAUUAACCUUUGUUUUAUCCACCCCCUCCAGCAGAAUCCUGGUAGGCGUGGGCACACUGCACUUGACGCCCUCGGGCACGGACAUGUCAACAGGAUGACUAAAACCUAAUCGCAUCUGCAACUGCCUUCCGCCACCCUCGACCGCGGCCCUGUAUCCGACCCCGACCAGGCGCAAUAUGGCGGAGUGACCCUCCGUCACGCCAAGCACCAGCUUCUGCAAGUUUGCCCGCCAUGUGCCCCACAUCUCGCGCUGCUGGCGGAUCUUCGCGUCCUCGAUUGUGACGGUUGCACGCCGGGAGGUGGAUGAUGGGAUGGGUGUUUCCGUGAUCGUUAUGAAGGGCGGAAGACUAAGGUCUAGUUUACCCAGGGGGCCUUUUACCUGGCUGGACGUGCUGGGUUAGAUGGGUGGACAGUUCUGUGCGCGGUCGAUUGGGGGGAAGGGGAGGGGAGGGUGUACAGCGAGCCUAUAGGUGUUUCGCGGGGAUUCUUGUGUUUCGGUGGAGGGAGUUUGGUGAG